AUGAUAGAUUAUGGCACAUGCAUACAACGUAACUCUCCUACAAAAAAUGAGGCAAAUGAAAUUCAGAAAAUCCCAUCCACAAUAGCAUCAAAAAGAAUAAAACACAGAGCUCUGGCGGCAACCGUGGCGUAUACCAGCCUCGCGGUGCCUCUCAUCGUGAUGCGCGUGUUCUGGGGCUUCGUCGGCUUCCUGGUGCCCUGGUUCGUCUCUAAGGGUCCCAACCGGGAAGUAAGCAUCACCAUGCUGGUGACCUGUUCCGUUUGCUGCUAUCUCUUUUGGCUGAUUGCAAUUCUGGCCCAACUCAACCCUCUCUUUGGACCACAGUUGAAAAAUGAAACCAUCUGGUACCUCAAGCAUCACUGGCCUUGA